AUGUGUUUCGCCGACUCCAAGCGCCCUCCCGAGAUGGUCCUUUACGACCCUGCCGCCGCCGCCGCGUCCAAGUCCCAGCAGCGCGCCAACAAGCGGGCGCGGCAGGACGAGGCCGCCGCCGCCAAGUCGUCAUCGUCAUCGUCAUCGUCAUCGUCGUCGUCGUCGUCGGCGGCGGCGGCGGCGUCUGGUGCGAUGGUUCCGUACGCGGAGAUGAUCAUCCUUGACGUCGCGCCCAUCAGUAGCGCCCCGCCCCUGCAGCUACGGCCGCCGCCACCCGCUGCGGCUGGCAGAGAAGAGCCCCCGUGCCUGCGCAGGCAUUUCCUCGUGGCGCUGGGGCUCCGCGCCGACCUGCCCGUGCACUUCAUCGGCGACAAGUGCGUGACGAGCACCGACCUGGACGCGCACCAGAACCGGUUCCGCAUCCCGCGCGAAGGUGUGGACCGCCGCCUCCGCCCGAUCCUGAGCCUCCAGGAGCUCGAUGCCGCCAACCUCCUCGAGGACCCAUCCCCGGCGCCGAGGAAGAAGCGGCCGAGGCAGGAGCUGCAGCUGCAGCAGCCUGGGCCGUCAGAGCCGCAGCAGGAUGGCGCCACCACUGAGGGUCAGAAGGGGGAGCAGCAGCUGCCGCCAGGCAAGAAGGUGAAGAAACCCAAGAAGAAGGGGAAGGUGCACGGCGGGCUGCGCGUGAAGCUGGUGGGCCUCGACGCCGGCGCCAAGGAGCUGCGGAUGUCGCGGUGGGAGAGCAGCCUCGGCACGAUCGUCAAGGGGGAAGGGUACCUCCACUUCAUCCGGCAGUGCGGGUUCAAGGAGAGGGACAACGUCGAGAUCUGGGCCUUCGUGCAGCGCCGGUUCCACCUCUUCGGCGCGGACGUGUGCGAUGACAGCCUCCUGCACCUACUCGUCGUCAAGAAGCAAGAGGAACCCCGGUGCUGCUACUGCCGUGCCUGUGCCCCUGCGCAUGUGCCACCUCCCAGUCCCAGUCCCAGUCCCAGCCCCAGGCUGCCCGGCAAUUGA